GCUUCAUUCUUCACAAACUUCAAACACACAGAAACACAAAACUCUCUCUCUCUCUCUCUGUCUGAGAGUCGGCGAGUCAGAUUCGCAGAUCUUUCUCUCUGGCCGUCGGAUCCGGUCGAUCUGAAUCUGACGCCAUAGUGAAAGGCUCAGCUCCGAUCGGGAAUGGAGAACCUGAUCUCUUUGGUGAACAAAAUCCAGAGAGCUUGUACCGCGCUCGGUGACCACGGAGAAGGCAGUACGUUGCCGACUCUCUGGGACUCGCUUCCCUCGAUUGCCGUCGUCGGUGGCCAGAGCUCUGGGAAGUCGUCAGUGUUGGAGAGCGUUGUUGGAAAGGACUUCUUACCACGUGGAUCUGGGAUUGUUACUCGAAGGCCACUUGUCUUGCAGCUACAUAAGACUGAGGAAGGAAGCAGAGAAUAUGCAGAGUUUCUCCAUCUUCCAAGGAAACGAUUCACUGAUUUUGCUGCUGUAAGGAAGGAGAUUCAGGAUGAGACUGAUAGAGAGACGGGCCGCAGCAAACAAAUAUCUAGUGUUCCGAUUCAUCUUAGUAUAUAUUCUCCUAAUGUUGUCAACUUGACGCUCAUUGAUCUUCCCGGGCUUACGAAAGUAGCUGUUGAGGGUCAACCAGACAGUAUCGUUCUAGACAUUGAGAAUAUGGUUCGCUCCUAUAUUGAGAAGCCCAACUGUAUAAUUCUUGCCAUCUCACCUGCCAAUCAAGAUCUUGCUACAUCUGAUGCAAUCAAAAUCUCACGUGAAGUAGACCCGACAGGGGAAAGGACAAUUGGAGUGUUGACGAAGAUUGAUCUUAUGGAUAAGGGUACUGAUGCGGUGGAUAUGUUGGAAGGGAGGUCUUAUCGGCUGAAAUUUCCUUGGAUUGGUGUUGUGAACCGCUCACAAGCGGAUAUUAACAAGAAUGUUGACAUGAUUGCUGCUCGGCGUAGAGAGCGUGAGUAUUUCGCUAGUACCCCAGAGUACAAGCACCUAGCUCCCAGAAUGGGUUCUGAGCAUCUAGCAAAGAUGCUUUCAAAGCAUUUAGAAACUGUAAUCAAGUCCAGGAUCCCGGGCAUCCAGUCCCUUAUUAACAAAACAAUUAUUGAAAUUGAAACUGAACUAAGUCGUCUUGGAAAGCCCAUUGCUACAGAUGCUGGAGGAAAGUUGUACAUGAUCAUGGAGAUUUGUCGCGCUUUCGAUCAAACAUACAAGGAGCAUCUUGAUGGCGUGCGUCCUGGUGGUGACAAGAUUUACAAUGUUUUUGAUAAUCAGCUUCCUGCUGCUCUUAAAAGGUUGCAAUUUGACAAGCAACUUUCAAUGGAAAAUAUACGGAAGAUCAUAACUGAAGCUGAUGGAUACCAACCUCACUUAAUAGCUCCUGAACAGGGAUAUCGUCGUCUCAUAGAAUCUACAAUAAUUAGCAUCAGAGGUCCUGCUGAGGCAGCUGUUGAUGCGGUUCAUGCUUUACUGAAGGAUCUAAUUCACAAGGCAAUCAGUGAAACUCCGGAAUUGAAGCAGUAUCCCGGCCUAAGAGUAGAGGUUGGAAAUGCAGCUGUUGACUCACUUGACAGAAUGAGGGACGAAAGCAAAAAAGCAACACUUCAGCUGGUUGAUAUGGAGUGUAGUUACUUGACAGUUGAAUUCUUCCGGAAGCUUCCUCAAGAUAUUGAGAAAGGCGGCAACCCAACACAUUCAAUAUUUGAUAGAUAUAAUGAUUCAUAUCUUAGGCGAAUUGGGUCAACUGUUUUGUCUUAUGUCAAUCUGGUCUGCGCAAGUUUGCGAAACUCAAUCCCGAAGUCCGUUGUUUAUUGUCAAGUACGGGAGGCGAAAAGAAGCCUACUUGACCAUUUCUUCACUGACUUGGGUAAAAUGGAGACCAAGCGUUUGUCAUCGUUAUUGAACGAGGACCCGGCCAUCAUGGAGCGACGUACUGGUCUUGCAAAGAGGCUGGAGUUGUACAGGAGUGCACAAGCAGAAAUUGAUGCAGUUGCUUGGUCCAAGUAAAGUGGUAUAUGUAUCAUAUCUUUUUGCACGAAGAAUUUGGCUAGACGUCACCUAGUCAUACUGGGGAAGGGAGAUGGGGGUAUUUUGUUGUAUUUUUCGUUGUGUUAAAUUUCCAAGAGGUGCUUGCCCUCUAUUACUAGCUGAAAUCAUUCAUUGUCUCCAUAUAGUAAUGUGUCAUAUUUUACACUUGUUCCAUUUGUGCUUGUGCUAUGCCUGUGAACAAGCUUCUCCCUAUUAUAUAUAGUUUGUAUUAUUUUUUUAACCCAA